AUAUUCCGCUCGGUGCCAUCGCUGAAAUCUGUCUCACAGGCUGAGCAGUGCAACUUAAAACAUCAGCCACAAUUCCAGAUCCACAUCUCUCUCUCAUGCACUCUCUAUAACCAGCUCCAUAUGAUGAGACGCCUGCUCUACUCUUACUAACCACGACAGGGACAAAAGGAUUUUGUUGGGGGACUGGGGAAGUGAAGACCACAUGAUAAGGAUGGGACUCCUGAAAGUGCUGAAAACUCAGUUGCUGUGCCAUCUCAUCAUCUGUUAUGUGUUUCUGGUCAGUGGAAUCAUCAUCAACCUGCUGCAGCUUUGUACUCUACCUCUGUGGCCCAUUAACAAGCAGCUCGCACGCAAGAUCAACUGCAGACUGGGUUACUCCAUCGCUAGUCAACUGGUGGCAUUGUUGGAGUGGUGGUCUGGGACCGAAUGCACACUUUACACAGAUCCAGAAAGCUUUCGUCUAUACGGCAAAGAAAAUGCCAUCGUUGUCCUCAAUCAUAACUUUGAGAUUGAUUUUAUGACCGGUUGGACCUUUUGUGAGAGAUUUGGUGUUCUAGGGAGCUCGAAGGUGUUGGCGAAAAAGGAACUGUCCUUUGUUCCUGUGAUUGGCUGGAUGUGGUAUUUCCUGGAGAUUGUCUUCUGCAAAAGGAAAUGGGAAGAGGAUCGCAAGACAGUCGUGCAGAGUCUGCGCAACCUUCAAGAUUACCCAGAAUUCUUUUGGUUCCUUUUGCACUGUGAGGGCACACGAUUCACGGAAAAGAAGCACAAGAUCAGCAUGGAGGUGGCAGAGAAGAAAGGUCUCCCCAAACUCAAGUACCACCUUCUACCUCGAACUAAGGGCUUUUGUGUUACGGUCCAGAACCUCAGGGGAAAGGUUACUGCUGUGUACGAUUCUACGCUUAAUUUCAGAAACAACGAAAUGCCAACUUUACUAGGGGUGCUCAAUGGAAAAAAGUACCACGCGGAUUUAUAUGUGAGGCGGAUUCCUCUGGACUCCAUCCCAGAGGAUGAGUCAGAAUGUGCGGCCUGGCUACACAAACUCUACCAGGAGAAAGAUGAAUUCCAAGAGCAUUACAGACAGACGGGUCGCUUUCCGGGUCCCAUCACGAACCCUCCGCGUCGACUCUGGGCACUGGUAAACUGGCUGUUCUGGGUGUGUGUGCUGGUGUAUCCCAUCUGCGUGUUACUGCUGCAACUGCUGCUGUCAGGAUCCACCUUCACCAUCGUCUGCACUUUUGUCUUCUGUCUAGCAGUGUCAGCUGGGGUGCGCUGGAUGAUUGGACAGACCGAGAUCGACAAGGGUUCGAACUAUGGGGUUAAAGAUGUGCAGAUGAACAACAACUGAGAGACUGUGACCAACCAGCGCAACACGAUCACAUUAUACUGUACUGGGGGCAUUCGGACAACCAAACCACCUUUAUAGUGAAUUGAAGAACUCGGCACUACAGAAAGAAUCAUUUAAAAUGGUUCAAGUUUAAGCUUUUUUUUUUUUUUUUUGCUGAAAAAAACAAAUAGGCCAUCAUUUAAAAAAACGGUCUGUUUAUUAAUAUUCUUUUUUUUAAAUAUUGCAAACACUGUUGGAGGAGCAGAGAACCAGCAGUUGAUGCCUGCGCAGGAGCAAUGUUUGUCCACCUGUUCGAGUGCAGCAGCAGCAGAAAGGCGGAGUCAGACUGGCCUCUUCCCUCUCAUUGGUUGAUUAUGCUCUUGAACACCAGGAUAAAGGCACGCCAUCGGCCAGCGUGAGGCUGAGCCGACGCAGCACAACUACUUAUAGGCUGAAAUAUGACUUGUUAACAGUGGGCUCUGCAGCAAGGCAAAACAAAAAUACCAUUUUAACAAAAAAAGAAAAUUAAAAACCUUCUCAGUC